GAUGAUCCACAGCUGCCCUCAGGAGCUCUGAUAGACCAGGCCAAACACCUGGGCAACCUGACCUUCAACAUCUGGAACAACAUGAAGGACAUGGUCUCCUACACUCCUCUCAUUCUGGACCCAAACACUGCUCAUCCAAACCUCAUCCUGUCUGAAGAUCUGACCAGUGUGAGAUAUGGAGGAGAGAAGCAGCAGCUUCCUGAUAACCCAGAGAGGUUUGAUUUGUUCUACUCUGUCCUGGGCUCUGAGGGCUUUAACUCAGGGACUCACAGCUGGGAUGUUGAAUUUGGAGACAGUAAAGGGUGGGAAUUGGGUGUGCUAGCAGAGUCUGUGCAGAGGAAGGGACUGAUACAGUCUGGAUUAUGGAGAAUAUGGUUCUAUGAAGGUAAAUACUCAGCACGCUCACCAUCAGCUCCUCUCACUGCUCUCUCAGUACAGAAGAAGCUCCAGAGGAUCAGAGUGAAUCUGGACUGGAACAGAGGAAAGCUGUCGUUCUCUGAUCCUGAUACUAACACACACAUACACACCUUCACACACACUUUCACUCACAGGAUGUUUCCAUAUAUUCAAACUUUGUGUAAAGUGAAGGUGUGUCCGUUGAAGGUGUCAGUGUCAGUGCACUAAAAAAAAGAGCAUGUUGGAUUUACUUAAUUUAUUAGUGGACAUUGGUUGCAGACAUUUUUUUUGCUUUGGCAGAAACUUACACAACUUAUUUAAAUCAACACACCUGAUUCAUAUUCAAUAAUACGGAAUAUUUUAGACCUUCACAAUUUUGUCAUUUUUUUGCAACACUAUUCAAUAACUUUUACCCCAAUACUACUUGGUGACAUAAAUACUACAUGUUGUCUUCAUAUUACAUAUGACAUGUUAAACAAAGUCUAGAGUCUGGCUAACAUAAAAAUUGAAUGGAUUUACAACAACUACCAUUCUCCUAUCUUUUUCCGGGUUGUAGGGCUUAGGUUGCAAUAGGUUAAGCCGCAGGGUACACCCUGGACAGCUCAUCCGAUUGGAUCCGAGUACACGAUGGACGGGUGGCAGACAUGGAGGGUCGUGUGCCUGGCGGGAUAAAAUUUGAACUUGAACUUACUAGAUUGUAUCAUGUCAUCUCAACAAGAACAAAUUAAGUUGAUGAAUUUCAUACAGAUCCUACAUGAUUUCAUUACGUUCACCACAAAAACAUGAAAUUAUUUUGUUCAAAUUAUAAGUUCGAU